UUUAUUUUUUUUAAAAACUCAAUAAUGAAAAUACUAUACAGUUGUCUAUGUUUAUGGUUAUUGAUUUUGCUAUAUGUAUCGCUAACAUUAAGCGAUACAAAUAUUAAGGGACUGGAUGAAAAAAUUGUUAACCAAUUGUUGGCCAACUAUGACAAACGUUUCAAUCCUAAUGGCUAUACUACCGACACCACCAGCACCACCAACAAUGGGUCAAACGGUACUACCGGUGCUGCCGGCAGUGGUAGUGGUGGUCCGGUUAUUGUACGCAACAGUAUCUACAUACGUAGCCUGGAGUAUGUGRACAGCCGUCGACAGGAAUGGAAACUGCAGAUGACUUUCCGUCAGCAAUGGUUGGAUGAGAGGCUGGCCUACGCUGACGACAACAACAAUCAGGUCAUACCGUACGUACAGUUAGGUACGACCGACCAUAUUUGGAUACCCGAUACUAUGAUAUCCAAUUCACGGGAAACAGUGAAACAUACUGAUGUUGUACCCAAUAUAUUGGUACGUAUUAUGCCCGACGGCCAGGUAUUGAUGUCUAUGCGUAUGACAGUAACACUGGACUGUCCGAUGGAUUUACAUGACUAUCCGUUUGAUAGGCAAACCUGUCCCAUAUAUAUGGCUAGUUAUGGCUACACUAUGAAACACCUAGUAUAUUUAUGGAAAGAAAAUGAUCCAGUACAGGUAUCUAAAAAGUUAAAUGUUAGACAACUGGUAUUUAAAAUGGAAAACUACARUACAAGCUAUUGUAAUGCACGUACGAAUACAGGUGAAUAUUCAUGUUAUAAACUGGAAAUGCAAUUUCAACGUCAAACCCGCCGCUAUAUCUGGCAAUGGUUUGUACCGACAGUCUGGUUGACGUUUGUCGGGUUUGUAUCGUUCCUGAUACCCGUACAAAACUACCGGCGCCCGCAACUAUUGCUGGUCAUGCUAUUGGCCCAAUACCUACACAAUCAGGUGGCCAACUGGCGAUCGGCAGCCGAUGAUCUGGAUGUUAGCUAUUUGACCCUAAAAGACAUGUAUUUUAUCAGUAGUUUUGGGUUUUUAUUGGCCGCACUCCUAGAGUACGGUAUGGUCUGGUUUGUGGACAGUUAUAGCCGCCGGCGUUGUCGUAGUGGACCUAAUAGUCUACGCGAUAGUAAUAUCCAAUUGGUGACCAACAACAACAACAACAACAUCAAGGAUGACCAGCUGUCCGAUAAUAUGAAAUCUAUGGCCAAAUUUAGUUCAAUGGAAAGUAAUGAUGAACUAGUAGUGGACAGUCCUAUUGUUUACUACUACUACUACUGGUUUUUUACAAAUAAAGUAGACCUGAUUUGUGCCAUACUGUUCCCAAUGGCAUAUCUGGGCUAUUUGAUUUAUUAUUUUAGCUAGAUAAUAUUAUGAUGUCUAAAAAAACAAUUUACUUUUUUUUGAUAAUGUUUAUUUUCUAAAAAAUUAAUAAAAAUAAAUAUAUACCACAAAUAUUUUUUUAACAAUAUAGUAGUCUAUUAUUGUGUUUUAUUUUUUAAGUAAUAGUUAU